AUCCUCAUAAGUUUUCAAGAUGUCUGCGCCCAUGGUGAUGUUACGGAGAGCGGUUCCGUCAAUUCUGUGUUGUCCUGAAUUAAGAUCUUUUUCAGUUUGCACAUCACUUAUGAAAGAAAAAAGGCUCAGCAAACUAAACAGGCUGCUUGAAAAGAAGAAGAAAAAGUUCUAUUUUAAUGUAAACAGUCCUGGCCAGUUUAACAGAACGAUUAAUAAAUGUGCGACAUCAAGAAAACCAGGACGGAUGCAACCGGAAGACAGUGUGAGGCUGCGAUGUUUAAAUGACAACACAUUCCAACAUAUCUGUGACAUGGUCAACUCCAACUUGAUUAGCGAAGAAUUAGAAAAUUUGAAUGUCCUGAUACUUGGGGUACGAUUGACUGGUGAUUUAGGCACUUGUCGUGUAUACUGGCAAGCAUCUGGCAACGUUGAGAGUGAUGACAAGGUCCAAGAAAUUCUUGAUAGGCAUACGUUUACUAUUAGACAUACACUAGCAUCAUUAAGAAUAUUCAGCAGGACCCCAAUCAUUGUAUUUGUGCGUGAUAAACUAAGCGCAAACACAGCUGAAGUAGACAGAUUACUUGCCCAGGCAGAUAUGGGACCACCAGAUCCGGAAUACGAACCAGAUGAUCCUAUUCCCUCAGCGAUCGACAUGUCUCCUAUUCACGUUCACUCUCAGAAUUCUCUUAAUUUUCUGAACAUGGACUUAGGGAAGAUAAAUCAGGAAAUUGAAAAGUAUAAAAAGACAUUUGGUCCUGGCGAUUCCAACCUCAUUCAGGAAAGUUCAUCGGAAACGACAGCUUACACAGAUGAGGACAUCUCUAAGAGCUUUGAACAAUUUAAGGUGCUACAGAGGAAGAAGAGGAAAAGAAAGGAAAGGAAGUCAAAUCCAAUUGCAGCUAGCUUUAAUGAAGAGGAAUUUCAAGACAGUAUGUUACUUGAGGAUGAGUUUUGUGAUAUUGAGAACAUUGACGAUGAUGACGAUGAUGAUGGGUUGCAACUUCCCCCAGAGGACACCUUUAAUAGGUAGCUUAGACAAUGUUGGAAAAUGCAAAAUGAAUUGAAAUAUUAAUAAACAUGCUUUGAAUUAAUGGCGUAUAUGAUAGUGGAGUAGUUAUGAUGCCAGUCUUCUAGGUCAAAGGUUCAAAUCUAGGAUUUUUUAUGAUUAAAAAAAAUUCACUCCCUUAAGCUGGGCACUCACUGUGUUGUACGACCAUCGUACAGCAAAUUCAACUCCGCGACGCUACCCCAUCUGCUGAUUGUCGGUGGCCUGUGACAGUGAUACUACAACACAGUAUCGGUACGCAUACUUUAAUAACUAGGCACACAACAAUGCUCCAGUUUCUUGUAUGUUUUAUUUCAAACUAUACUCUCCAUUUCCAGCUUACGUACACAACUCCCAACUGUCACUGUACUUGUGCUAUCUGUACAUGUGCUAUCUGACCUCUCAGGUAAUGCUGUUACUAUUAAUAACAUGUACUCUACUGUAUAUAGCAAUACUACAGCUGGCGAAUCAAACUCUGCUCCCCAUGAGUGAUAGACAAUGUGACACUGCCUACUGAUUUUCGGUGACAGUCUGAACGGAUCGUCAUUAAAAAGAUCUGUUGCGCAUUUGUCGUGUUCUCUAUAGAAUCAGGUCGGCCAACAACACUCAGGUGCAAUGAGUGCUCAGCUUAAUGAGAUGUGAUUUAUAAAGCAUUACUUCCAUCUUGCAUGUGGUGAGUUAUGUAGAAUGAGAAUGAAAUAAAUUUAAAGAUGGUAUUUAAACAUAUUAUUAUUGUCUCUGAUACCAUAACUCAAGUCUCCUCAUUCAUUUGGGAACACUUCGGUAGAGCGCCACAAAUGAGGCUUGACCAUGUGCUUUGCUUACUGGUAGUGGUGAUUGGAUACAAUUCAUUUGGACUUUCCAAAAAGAAACCACAACAAUCGGUUUGAGCACCAUUUAAACAUUUUUUUAAUUUGAAAACUAUGUGAAUGAAUCUAACUAUAAAAAUAGAACAAUCUAAUAUAGCAAAUAACACCUUGUUUUUAUGCUUUUCACUUAAUUCUGCCAAAGCAAUACGGUAAAGUUUUACUACAAUUACAGUAAGGAGUUAUUUUAUAACAUACUGUAAUAGGAAAUACAUAUGAAUGCAAAAGCUGCAAGUGGCAAGUUAGUUAAAAAAAAAAAAUUUAUUCUUGUGUUGACCAAUUCUGUUUUAGCAAUCUUAUACAAAAUUCUAUUUCACUUUUCAUGCCUUUAGUAACCUCUAAAAUAACACCAAAGACCAACAUUUAAAGCUGUGUCCACACUAUUUUUGAUUUUUUAUGAAUAUACCCAUUCAUCAAAAUACAUCACACUUUUUGUGUGAUAUUUUUUUAAUACAAUUUGGUAGUAUGGAAAGAGGCUAAUGGGGCUGCUGCAUUGAUUAUAGGAAGCUUACAAUGACAGUAGAACAUAAUGACGUCACUAAGUAGUCUUCUGCGCAUGAGA